GUUUUCUUACCUUCUUCUUGUUUAGAUUCCUCGUUAAUUAAGAUUAAUUAAGGGUUACUGUCACUGUAAAAUGUAACUUGUUGAGUUAAUUAUUUAUGGGCAAUGAUUAAAAAGUGUUAAGCGGCUAGUAAAUUUUCAUUCAUCUAAUGAGAGUUGUCGACUACUGAUAAUCUUCACUUAUGUGACUUGUGGUUUUGAGUUAUAAAUUUGUAUUUUUUAAGAGAAUAAGAAACAUAAAGAGUACGGAGUAUUUUGUUUAAAGUAGGUCAAAAAAGGUAACAUAACUUAAGUUGAAAAGAAUAAGAAACUUAAAGAGUAUUUUUUAUGGGGUCGGGGCAGUUUGUGUGAGAGGUUUUGGGGAUCGAUAGUGGGUCAGGUGGGGCGUUAAAGGGCCAGUCGGCCGAUUGUUGGUAGUUAAGGUGGUGACCGGCUGUUUUCCGACGAGAUAAGGAGAGGGGUUAGGGUUUGGUGGUGGUGGGUAGGUGGUUGGGAAAUUUUUUGUUUUUUUUUUAAAAUUUUUAUGAAUUAAGACAAAUGUUCCAAUCAUAUCAUGACAUGUGUCAUGAUUAUUAAACCCUAAUGACUAAUGGAGUUAACAGCCGUUGGUCAUUAAUGAUAUUUGGUGAAUUUUUAAAAAACUGGGUAGCAUUUGGUGAAUUUUGAAAAGUACAAUGGCAAUUGGUGAAUUUUUAAAGUGUUUAAUAACAUUUGGUGAAAUAGCCGAAAAUAAAAAAUAUUUAUAUACACUCGUAUGUAAGUUGCACCAAAGAUAUUUUUUACACGUCGGGUCCGGGUCCGGUAUAUUCACCAAGGGCAAUAACGGCAGUUGCCAACCCGAUUUUCUCCGCUCAUCAAUCAAUUCAUAGGGGACCAAAAUCAACUGAACUCAUCACCUUCCACGAGUAUACUUUACAGAUAAGAUGUAUUUACAGUAGAAAAACUAGAGUUACUUGUCUUCAAGCUAUUCAUCAAUGGAGGUAACCACCAUGUCUCAGGCUAUGCAACUCCAUGCUCAAGCACUCAAAUCAGGCGCACAACCCCACCAUCAAAAUUACAGCAAGCUCUUCACUUUCUCUGCUCUUUCACCUUCAGGUGACCUCAAUUAUGCGCGCCUUAUUCUUGAUUGUCUUCCAACCCCAAAUUCUUAUUACUGGAACACCAUGAUUCGAGCUUACUGCGAAAGCUCAGACCCUUAUCAAUCAAUCUUUCUUUUUCUUGCAAUGCAUAAUGAUCAAUCUCAUGGUUUCGUGCCGAAACCGGAUAAAUUUACUUACCCUUUUGUUUUGAAGGCUUGUGGUAGAUUGAGGGAUACCCAGUUGGGGAAACAGGUUCAUUGUUUGAUUUGUAAAAUGGGGUUUGAGUCUGAUAAAUAUGUUUGUAAUUCUUUGAUUCAUAUGUAUGGGAAAUGUAGUGAUUUGGGGUGUGCACGUAAGGUGUUUGAUAAUAUGCUUGAGAGAGAUGUUGUUGCUUGGACGUCUAUGAUUGAUGGGUUAGUUGAUAAUGGUAGAGCUGUCGAAGCGAUUAGGUUGUUUGAGGAGAUGGUGGAGUGUGGUGUGGAGCCUAAUGAUGCGACUAUUGUGUCGGUUUUGAGGGGUUGUGCUGAGGCUGGGGCGUUCGAGGUUGGGAGAAGGGCUCAUAGGAUUGUUGAAGAACAGGGGAUUGGUUUGAUGGCUAAUGUUAGUACUGCUUUGAUUGAUAUGUAUUGUAAAUGUGGGUGUAUUGAUAGUGCUAGGGAAGUAUUCGACAAGGUUUUGGAUAAGGAUGUGUGUGCUUGGACUGCCAUGAUUCAUGGCCUUGCUAGUCACGGUAUGAUUAAGGAGGCUAUUGAUUCUUUUGAAGAAAUGAAAAAAUCGGGUGUAAUGCCUGAUGAGCAGACCAUGACUGCUGUGCUAGCAGCAUGUAGGAACGCGGGCUGGGUGACUGAAGCUUAUCGUUACUUUGAAGAAAUGAGAAAGAAAUAUGGAAUCAAACCUAACCUUCAACAUCAUGGAUGUAUAGUGGACCUUUAUGCGCGAUCAGGACAGUUGGAUGAGGCUGAAGAUUUUAUUAGGAAGAUGCUGAUUCGGCCUGAUGCAGUGCUGUGGAGAACUGUCGUAUGGGCAUGUAAAAUUCAUGGAGAUAAUGAUCGUGCAGAGCGUUUGAUAAAGGAAAUGAACGUAUAUUUUGAUGACUGUGGGAGUUACGUACUUCUCAGUAAUAUUUACGCCUCUGCUGGAAAAUGGCAUGAUAAGGCUAUCUGUAGGGAAACAAUGAGCAGACAAGGGCUUGUGAAAACACCAGGCUCAAGUAAGAUUGAGGUUGAUGGUAGUGUUCAUGAUUUCACUGCAGGGGAUUCGAGUCACAUUGAAGCACAUAAUAUUUAUAAGAAGUUGGAAGAGAUAUACGAGAGGUUAAGAGAAGAAGGAUAUAAACCUGAAAUUUCAGAGGUCUUGCUAGAAGUUGAUGAUGAUGAGAAGGCUACACAAUUGCUUCAUCAUAGUGAGAAACUUGCUGUUGCCUUUGGACUGAUGAAGAUGAAACCAGGUUCCCAAAUUAGAAUUGUGAAGAAUUUGCGAUCUUGUGAAGAUUGCCAUUCUUUUAUGAAAUUGAUUUCUAGAGUGUAUGAAAGGGAAAUAAUAGUUAGAGAUCGCAUUCGUUUCCAUCAUUUUAGGAAUGGGGUCUGCUCCUGUGGAGAUUACUGGUGAACCUAUCUCCAGCUACCCCCUUUCCACUUCUUUUUGUUGAUGGAAUGAAUGUGCUAGGUCUUUGUUAGGCAUUACACAAUUUGUAAUUAUGUUGAGAAAAAGUAGAGGCAUGUCUGAAAGAUCUCAUCAUAAUCCAUCAUAUUUACAGGAAAGCAGGCCCGUCUGUUAAACACUAUUACAACAAAUCUUUACAAGA